UCAACUAGUGGUUCCGCUAUUUUCCGAUAGGUCGUGAACGCAGCAUCUGGCCAGGGGCGGGUAGGCGCUAACCGUGCAGUAUGGCGGACGAUGGAGACAGUUCGAGCGGACCAGUUGACACAAGCGGCGGGCAGGGGGCAGCGGAUGAGUCGGACGGGCUCGGCCUUGGCGCAAUGUUGCUGAAUCUCAGUAUUUUGGUUCUGGUGGUGGCGAUCUGUCUCGCGGCUUACCGGCGGUGGGGCAGGCGGCUCGUCGCUGACGCGGCCCAGGGCGACGAGGCCUCGGCGCUUCCCAAGAUGAGGAGACGGGACUUCAGUCUGGAGCAUUUGCGGGAGUACGACGGACUCCAGAACCCCCGCAUCCUGAUGGCUGUUAACAUGAAAAUUUUCGAUGUGACCAGCGGCAAAAAGUUUUACGGAAAAGAUGGUCCUUACGGCAUUUUCGCGGGCCGGGAUGCUUCGAGGGGCCUGGCCACCUUCUGCCUGGAGAAAGACGCCCUGUGGGACGAGUACGACGACUUGUCAGACCUCAACGCUGUACAGAUGGAGAGCGUGCGGGAGUGGGAGAUGCAGUUCAUGGAAAAAUAUGAUUACGUCGGGAGGUUGCUGAAGCCCGGAGACGAGCCGUCGGAGUACACGGACGAGGAGGACAUCAAGGACCACCUGAAGCACGACUGAGCGGGUCCAUCGCACCGACCAAAGCCAGGAGCCCCAAACAGCUGCGACAGACCGCCCUCCUCCUCCUGCCCCAUCCAUCUACCUGCCACUCCUUUCUCCUGCCCCCACUCCCCAAAAACUCUUCACCUCCUGAAUCUGUCCGGUGCCGUGGCUGUUCUGGAGGGCAGGACUCAAGUCUCACCGCCCAGACCUCCCUCCCUCUUCAUCCUGCGAAGAUGACCACCAACAGAAAGCGGUUGAAAACCUUCAAUGAGGGCUUUUUUUUAAAUAACAGAAAACAUGUCAGGGGGAGGGGGGCGGGGGGAGACGAGAGAGGGGUUGUGCCUGUAGAUGUAUUUCAAACAAAAACCACAAAAUAUUUUAGUCAUUUCUCCGAGGGGGGGCGGGACGUGUGGUCAUCGUGGUCGGCGCCGAGCGCUGGGUGUUUGGUCAGAGGGAGAGAAUGGUCGAAGAUGAUCGGGACGGGGAAACGGAUUUCUCUCUUUUUAUCUUUGGUUUAGUCACAACUGAAACUGCUUCAGCUUUGGACAGCUUAUCAAUCAGUCGUUCUUUUGUUUGUUCAAAUGAUUUCCCCCCUCCUCGUUGAGGGGGCGGCGCCGCGGCCUAAGAACCGGCGCUGUGGAAAUUGGCGGGGCGUCGCAUUUUCCUGUUGUGUUUGUAGUGUAUGCACUACUAGUUUUCUUUGUUUGUCACCAUGUGAUUGUAUUUGUUGAGUAGCAUAUAGGGAGGGAGGGAAGUUCUUUUUCUUCUGGAUGGGGCGGGGGGGGGGGGGGGGGGGUUAAAGGUCUUUGCCAUAUGAAACCUGUUUUGAAUCACAUCAGACGGACUGAAUCACCGAUCGGGAAUACAAAGGGAAGGUGGUAAGGCGGUCCUAAUCAAUGGACUCAGUUGUUUACAUGCCUCACACGCCGGCUGCAAGUCUGUAGAUUCCCCUGAAAAUGGUCCAAGUAUUAAUUGUGCCUUAUUUUGUUUGUUGUCAGUCCUGACCGUUGUAACAGAGGAGGCGAUGGAGGUGUCCCCCCAGACUUUAAAGAAGGCAUACGUUCUGUCAGUCGUCCACGCACAGACUGUAAUAUUUCCCCACUUCACAAACUCUGUAAAUAGACCGUAUGAAUUACUCAGUGUUACUGCCAUAUUUAUGUAGUGAAGAACUCCAGAUAUGUAUAAUGCUCUGUCGUAUUGGCCAAAACCCCCAUGGUUUCUUUUCUUUCUUUUUCUUUUGGUUCUGAACUUCUUUUUAAACAAGGGUAAAUCUCUCCCCCCCCAAUCCCCCCCCCCCCCCCCCAACCCCCACCCCACCCCGAAAAAAUAAAAUAAAAAAAAGGAGUGUUGCAAAGUGCUGCAGGGCGGGACCGGGAGCUGUUCUUGCGAAAUUUUGUUCGGAGACGUUGCUUAUCCUGUAAAUAUAUCUAUCAUUUUAUUAAAGCAUGUGCAACAACAAAGUGAGCUAUGCCGAAUUCCCACCACGUCAUGUAUUUAAAUGUUGGGUGUGUGUGUGUGCGUGUCUGCGUGACAGAGGCAGGAAGGGAUUUGUUCAUGCAUAAUAAAUCGAUUUGGUUAAUAAUUGAA